CACUCAAGCGCGGAGCUGUGCUUGGAUUGGAGUUGCCACGGUCUUAUCUGGAGCCACCCCUAGAGACGCAUCCCUUGCCAGGACUCGAGUUUGACUUUCACUCUUCUCCAAGGGCUUGCAGAGCACCUUUAAAGGGGGGGGGGGAAAAAAAGAUGGAAGCUCUUAGAGUUCCGAUGUUCAUGCCCUGCUCCUUUGAAAGCUUGUAUCUCAGUUCAGAGCAUCCUGGGGCUUCCAAGCCUCCCUUAAGCUCCUCCAGUAUGACAUCACGAAUCUUGCUACGACAGCAGCUCAUGCGUGAGCAGAUGCAAGAGCAAGAGCGUCGAGAGCAGCAGCAGAAGCAGCAAGCAGCCCAGUUCAUGCAACAGAGAGUCCCAGUCAGCCAGACACCAGCCAUCAACGUCAGCGUGCCCAGUAGUCUGCCCCCAGCGACUCAGGUACCAAUGGAAGUCCUCAAGGUGCAGACUCACCUUGAAAACCCAACCAAGUACCACAUUCAGCAAGCCCAGCGGCAGCAGGUGAAGCAGUAUCUUUCUACCACUCUUGCAAAUAAACAUGCCAACCAAGCUCUGAGCUUGCCCUGCCCAAAUCAGCCUGGUGAUCAUGUCAUGCCAUCUGGAACGGGAAGCAGCGCACCCAACAGUCCGAUGGCUAUGCUCACGCUUAACUCCAACUGUGAAAAAGAGGGAUUAUAUAAAUUUGAAGAGCAAAGCAGGUUAGAGAGUGAGUGCCCGGCUCUGAACACGCACUCACGAACAUCAUGCAUGCAGAUGGAUGAUGUUAUUGACGACAUAAUUAGUUUGGAAUCGAGUUACAAUGAAGAAAUCCUUGGCCUGAUGGAUCCGGCCCUGCAAAUGGCGAAUACGUUACCUGUAUCUGGCAAUUUGAUUGACCUGUACGGUAACCAUACAAGUUUGCCUCCUCCAGGGCUAAACAUCAGCAACUCUUGUCCUGCUAAUCUUCCCAAUAUAAAAAGGGAGCUGACAGCAUGUAUUUUUCCUACAGAGUCAGAAGCAAGGGCAUUGGCUAAAGAGAGGCAAAAGAAGGACAAUCACAAUUUAAUUGAAAGAAGAAGAAGAUUUAAUAUUAAUGACCGCAUUAAAGAACUAGGCACUUUGAUACCCAAGUCAAAUGACCCGGACAUGCGCUGGAAUAAGGGAACUAUUUUGAAAGCAUCGGUGGAUUAUAUCCGCAAACUGCAAAGAGAACAGCAGCGCACAAAAGAACUUGAAAACAGGCAGAAGAAAUUGGAACAUGCCAACAGGCACCUCUUGCUUAGAAUACAGGAGCUUGAGAUGCAGGCUCGAGCACAUGGACUUUCCCUUGUUCCAUCUACCGGCCUUUGCUCACCUGACAUGGUAAAUCGGGCCAUCAAACAAGAACCUGUUAUUGACAACUGCAACCAGGAUAUCAUACAACAUCACACAGAUCUUUCUUGCACUACUACCCUUGAUCUUACUGAUGGUACCAUCACUUUCAGCGAUAACUUAGGAAAUGUGACUGACUCUAGCAAUGCCUACAACGUUCCCACAAAAAUGGGAUCCAAACUGGAAGAUAUCUUGAUGGACGACACUCUGUCCCCCGUAGGUGUAACCGACCCACUACUUUCCUCAGUGUCACCUGGCGCUUCAAAGACGAGUAGCAGGCGAAGCAGCAUGAGUAUGGAAGAUACUGACCAUACUUGUUAGCAGAUGAUGCUUAGCACAGUCUUUCAUCAACUGCAUCAUUUCCUGAUCCGUAGAUGAAAUAAUUGACCUUUUUAGGUUUUCUUGAUUUUUUUUUUUUUUUUUU